AUGGCUCAUCAAUCCUACAGCCAGAUCUCAACGACAGAACCUGGACUAGCAGAUUCAAAUGAUCCUCCGGCACCAGGGCAUCCCGUUGAGCUAAGGCGCAGAAGUGCCUCGCCAGCCGGAGACACUGCUGACCACGACGUCUCGAGACGCCAAACGGAAGAACGGCCGCGGAUUCGCAGAAAUAGUACCGACACCGAGACUUUCUCCAGGUUCAAAGAUGGCCUGCGCUACUCUCUCACGCCCUCACAACAUCACCUGUUGCCCGCAAGCACUGCCGAUCAGCGAACGGUUCGAAGAUACUCCAAGCAUGACCAGAGACGCCGCCUAUGGCGUUUGUCCAUUGGCGAGUUUAUGCUGACAGUCACCUUCUGUGUUACCUACUUUGCGAUUCUAUACAGUUACUCCAACAAGGACACCAUCAGCGUACCCGAACGUCGAAUCUUUAAUGCCCUCACCACCGCCAACUCCCUCGCAUUGGGAGUCAACCUCGCCGGCUCGCUCAGGAGCUAUGCCAAGAUGAUGCGAUGGCGACUGCUUUCCAUUCGUUACCGUCCGUUGCAGACAUUUGAUCUCAUCAUGGGCUCUGACAGUCUUCUCAACAUUUGCAAGUUAUUAUGGCGCGGAAGGGAGAAGGGCAAAUUGUGGUCGAAGAUCCAAGGUUAUGCCGUACUGUGGUUUCUGGUGAACCUCAUUGCGACGAUAUUGAUUGGUAUGAUUGGUUUGACAUACAACUUGGAUAUCUCACCGAGUCUGGUUUUGACUCGGAACGCUACUAUCAAAAUCACCGACCUAUCCAAGGUUUUGACUGAUGACUAUCAAGCUAGCCUCAGUGCCGUCAACACAUGGGGGUUCCGCGGCUUCAACCUCCAACCCAUAGAUUCUUACGACCCUGAUGAUGCCUUCCUUGGCAAUUUUGGCAGCCGCUUCAAUGGCUCCACGAGGUAUUACUUCGACGACUGGAACGAAGCGGGCACCAGCGACCUAGUCAGUUGGAGAUACGUUGAAUCUGAAGCAAGAUGUACAGCCUACGAAGUCCUCGAUGGCCAGGAUGGCAACCACACAUCUGUCACCUACUCCCAAAACGGGAGAUCUAUCAAUCAAACCCUCGAAGACCCACCCGAAACAGGUGGCCUCGCCUUCAUUACCUCCACCAACUCUACAUGCGGAGCCCGGUGCAUCAACAUCCUUGCCUUCCAGGCUUCGGGACCUGCACCAUCCAGCGUUGACUCGCCUGAUGCAAUUGAAGCCCGGUUCUUUGUCUGCAACAACACCAUCUCCACCAUACACGAUCUCGAGCUCUCUCCUGGUCCCGAAUAUCAAUUUCCCGAUCUGCAAGCCCGCAUGCUCGCCGGUGCGAUCGGUUGGUCUGGCGACCUUGCCCAAGGGACACAUCAGCAACUUUCCUACCUCAAUUCCUCACCCGUGGCCUUUGCCUCGACUCCCACCGCAAUCAACAUGUCCGACCUCAUAUCCCGAUUUGCCAUCGGGGCAAUAGCCGCCGGCGACGGCACCGCCCCCGGGAUCGGUCGCAAACUCGUGUCGCACGGUCAAGCACCCGUCGACGCGCAGAUCCUGCAGGUUAAGUGGGCCUAUUGCUUGCCAAUCCUAGUGGGUCUGCCAGUGCUGCAAUUCCUCACCCUCAUGGCGGUCAUCAUCUGGGCGAACAAAGCCGCUGUGCGGGAUGACAGCCACUUGGCCAUAUCCAAGGUGUACUACUCCCUGCUUAGUCGGCUGGCGGGACACGGGUGUAUGCUACGGGGAGAGGAGAUUGCGAAAGAGCUGCAGGAGCCGGAGGUGGCGUAUGGAUUCGUGCCGCCUGACACGGUGGGAGGCGUGGGGCAUACAGAUGUGUUUGUGGCUGGGAGUGGGGUGUUGGUGCGGAGAGCUUUCGAGGAGGGGAUGUAUGAUGGGACAGGGUAUGGACUUGAGAGGAGAGGAGAUGUUGGGAGGAGGAGACCGAAAGAGAAGAUGGAGUAG